UAUAUGUACCUGGCUUAUAACGAUGAAAGAUCCACCCACCAGUCCUAUUCUCAACGCACAAAUGCGUUUUAUUCUGUCGCCAUGUCUUCUCGUUUUUCAGAUGGCGAAGGAAAAGAUGGCCAGCAUUCGGGUGACUCUCUGAAUCCAGCCGGAACGCAUCGUCCUGACUUUUCAAACAACCCUGAUACUCGCAUGAAAGAUGGUAAAGAAGUGGAAGUUGUCUCGUGGAACGGUCCAGAGGACUCCGAAAACCCAUUCAAUUGGUCACUGAAAUACAAGUGGUUCCUUACUGUGACAGUCUGCUUCAUUUCUAUUCUCACUGGCCUGCCUGCUGGGUCUUACGGUGCGGGAAAUGAUUUGAUGAGCGAUCGUUUUAAUGUAAAGAACGAGCCUUUUCCGAAUCUCUACUGGGCAACAUGUAGUUGGAACCUCGGAGCGGCACUCUUUCCGUUGGUUUUCGUCCCAUUGACUGAGAACACUGGGCGGAUGCCCGGCUACUUCUUCGCGUAUAUCGUAUUCGAACUCUUUUUGUUCGGCUCAGCCUUCGCCGACAACUUUGCCACUCUAGUCGUGACCAGGUUCUUUGGUGGUGGGGCCUCUUCUGUGUCCAUCAAUAUCGUUGGAGGGAGUAUCAGUGAUAUAUGGAGAGGCGAUAAAGCAAGAAGUCUGCCCAUGUCCUUGUUCGGAUUCACCAGUGUGGCUGGUAUCGCCCUCGGCCCAUUUAUCGGUAGCGCUAUCAUGCAGAUUAACAGACCGGCCGUUGGUUUGGACUCGCCCUGGCGCUGGAUAUUUUACGUUCAAAUCAUCUAUAAUGCCGCUCUCAUUCCUGUCUUUUACUUCAUCCUUAAAGAGACUCGAGGCGACGUCAUCCUCCAAAAUCGCGCAAAGAAAUUGCGCAAGGAAACCGGCCGCGAGAUCUACGCCGAGUCUGAGCUCGAACGUACCUCUAUAUAUACUCUACUCAAGAUCUCUUUCAUGCGCCCCACAAAGAUGCUGUUAACCGAGCCAGUCGUUAUAUUCUUCACUCUCUGGAUUAGUUUCGCAUGGGGAAUUCUAUUUCUAUUCUUCUCCUCUGUAGUGCAAACCUUCAGCGCAAACUAUGGCUUCGGCAUCUUUCAAACCGGUCUCAUUCAGUUAGCCAUCACAGUCGGCGCUGCCAUUGGCACGUUCAUCAAUCCGAUUCAAGACUGGCUUUAUCUUCGCAGCGCAUCAAAGAACACUGAGCGCUCCGGCAAACCAAUCCCCGAAGCUCGUCUCUACACCAGUAUACCCGGAAGUCUCCUUUUCACAGGUGGUCUCUUCAUGUAUGGAUGGAGCUCAAGACCGGAUGUUCACUGGAUUGUUCCUACGAUCGGGGUUUGCAUUGUGGGCGUCGGUAUAUACUCCAUCUACAUGGGUGUAGUCAACUAUCUCACCGACGCUUACGAGAAAUACGCUGCGUCUGCAUUAUCUGCUGCGUCGCUCGGUCGUAAUACCUUCGGAGCUUUCCUUCCUCUUGCAUCGUAUUCGCUCUUUGCAAAUCUGGGGUUUGGCUGGGCUGGGACAUUGCUAGGGCUCAUAGGUGCUGUGCUGAGUGUUGUUCCGGUUGUCUUGAUGAUAAAAGGCCGGGAAAUUAGAGCGAAGAGCCCGUUCAUGCUGGAUUCCACUUUUGAUGAGGAAGAGAAGCAUGAAAGGAAAGACUCUGUUGGUAAGGAGAACGAGAAGAAAGCCCCCAAUUUUGGGCCUGCUGGUGUUGCGGGAGGUCCACCGGGAGCUGUUGGUGGGGAGACGGUUUGA